AUGGAGGCCGAGUUCAUUGCAUGCUAUGAAGCCACUACACAAGCAUUGUGGUUGAGAAACUUCAUUGGUGGACUAAAGAUUGUUGAUUCAAUAGCAAGACCCAUUAAGAUUUUUUGCGAUAAUUUUGCUCAACCCUUAGUCCCUUACCCAUUUGGAACAAGUGAGGGCUGUUACCUUGAUCCAUCUUUUCUCAUCACUUGUAACGACUCGUCCGGGACUCCAAAACCAUUUCUGCGCAGUAGUACUAUAGAUGUCCUCGACAUAUCAUUAUUGGAUGGUGAACUGCUAGUCUCAAGCUUGGUAGCCCGUGCUUGCUACAAUGAGUCGAGGCUCACUGUCGACUAUCUAGAGACCGAGUUAACAUUGUCAAAGUUUGUCAUCUCAUAUACGAGGAACAAGUUCACUGUCGUCGGUUGCGACACUUAUGCGUAUAUUAACGGUUAUUUUGACGAUUUGUUUCACGGUUCAGCGGUAAAAAUAUACAAGACUGUACUUGGGGCAUACUGCGACCGCAUUGACAAUAUGGUUAACAGGUCUUGCUAUGGCCUUGGCUGUUCCCAGACUACCAUCCCCGAAGGAUUAUGGGAUUUUACUAUUACUGUUAAUAGCUACGAUAACCACUCCACUAUAGGCAGCUUCAACCCAUGUGGUUUUGCUUUAAUUUAUAGUGGAAGCAGAAGCAUACAACUUUUCCUCCAUAGAUCGAUCUUCUACAAUUGCAGAACAGAGUAUGUUCCCGUGGUGCUUGAUUGGGCAGUCGGAAAUGAGACAUGCGAAUAUGCUAAGGGAAAUAUGACAAGCUAUGCAUGUAAGGCGGAGUAUAGUGAAUGUUACAACUCCACCAACGGUACGGUGCUGGGUAUCGUUGCAAUUGCUUCCCUGGUUUUCAGGGGAACCCGUACCUCCCUCGUGGUUGCACAGAUAUUGAUGAGUGCAAAACUCGCCCAGAGAGCUGUGAUAGUAAAACUCAAAAAUGCAACAACAUUCCUGGGGGUUUCUAUUGUUCUUGUCUAGAAGGGUACCAAGACGAUGGGAGCGGAACACGUUGUCGUGCUAAGACUACGGUUAUCACUAUUGCAUUGGGUAUGAGGGCGUCGAGAGUUUGGAUUCUAUAGGAAUUGUGCAACUAUGUAUGCUCUGGGAGGGAGAGGCAACAUAGAAAUCGGUCACGGGUAAAUUCCUCCGAAAUUAUAUGGGCAGUCUGAUGACUAGAGACAACUAAAAGGGUUGCUUCUUCUUGCCCAAGAAGAGGUCUUCGUCCCAAUGGGGGCCACACAGCCCAGUCAAACGGGAUGAAAACGUUUGACAACAAGUGUAUGACAUUUGGGAGAUGGUUUUAAUGUUUUUGAAGCAUUGCAUUAUUUUAUUGCUCACAGUGAAAAUGAUUAUUCGUGUACAAUGCAUUUCACGGUUGUUGAACGCUACAGAAAGUAUUUCAUAUCUUGUUUUGAAAAAUA